UCAGAUUAAUGGAAAAGAGACCAAAGAAAACGAAGGGAAUUGGUUGAAGACUGCAGAUAUAUAGUUGUAUUGAAUUCAGGAAUCUCAUCAUCAGCCCACCCUUUGCUUUGUCCGUUUCACAACUGGAACAGUAUAUGUGGUCUUAUUCUUCUUUCACCUCUCGUUCCUCGCUUCUCUCUCUCUCUCUCUCUCUGGGCAUCUUUAGCUGCUUGUGUGUAGGCUUCUAAUUGAAUAAUCUGGGCACAGCUUCUCGCUCAAAGGUUGCAUGCUUGGGAAUUGUUAAUUCGAGUUUGUUAUCCUCUUGAUUAGGGGAAAAUUUUCUGCUUCAGGCCGUUAUCUUCCUUUCUUAUCGUGGGCUCUCCUCAGUUUUGGUGUUCGUUGUGCUGGCCGUCAAAUUUUAACAACUUCGACUCUGAUUUGUGAGUCUCAGGUGAAUCCAUCUUCUUUCAUGAUGACGGCGAUGAUGGUCAUCAAUGUUCUCAAAUUGUUCACUUCUGUUCUUGUUUAUUAAGAACUGCACCGACAAAAUAGGCCAGUUACUGGAUUUGUGUCAAUAAUAUGCACCAAUUGUGAAGGACUAUGACUACUACUACAACUAUUCCUUCUGGAAAACAGAUUCUCUUGGAGAUUGGUGAUUCUGAAAAGCAAUUGUGGGCAUUGAUUCACUCUAAAGGCCUAUUGCACAUUGAUACCCAAGACUUGUACAAGAAAGUCCGUUCUGGUUAUGAGAGAACAAUCUUGAGCAAUCACACGCUUUCUGAACUCCAAGAUGCUGAGUAUUCUUUGUGGAAGCUUCACUACAAGCAUAUUGAUGAAUUUCGCAAAAGGAUAAAGAGAGGAUCUGGUAAUGCAGAUAACACAAAAUCAGGAGCACCGCAAAAUGAUUCAGUGCUGAGGAACAUCGAUAUUCAUCUAAAUGCAUUUAAGUCAUUUCUGUCCGAGGCAGUUGAGUUUUACCAAAGUCUGAUUGUAAAACUCAGAGAAAACUAUGGAGUCUCUGAAGAUGCCUUGUUUUAUAAGAAUGGUUGCAUCUCUAGUUCGGUUGAACCGGAUGCAAUGCUGAAAUGCCAAUAUUUGUGUCAUCGUUGCUUAGUUUGUAUGGGGGAUCUUGCUAGGUAUGAACAACAAUGUGAAAAUCCUGAUAUUCAUACUCAUAACUGGUCGGUUGCUGCUACCCACUAUUUGGAAGCAGCUAGGAUUUGGCCAGAUAGUGGAAAUCCUCACAAUCAGUUGGCUGUGUUGGCAACAUAUAUUGGUGAUGAAUUUCUUGCUCUUUACCACUGCAUCAGGAGUUUAGCUGUUAAGGAACCUUUUCCUGAUGCCUGGAACAAUCUUAGUUUAUUGUUUGAAAAGAACAGGUCAUUUCAUCUGCCUUACGUUUCCAGUGAGGCCAGCAUGGAUUUCUCAAAAUCCUUUGGAAGUAGUGAUCAGACCAAAGCACGACCAAAAUGUGAUAGCUCAACUAACAUGUUCAAAGGCCAGAGUAAUCACUUUGCAGACACAAAGUUGUGGUCACUUAUAGUCAGAACAAUAGGUUUCUUCUUCAUAAAAUCAAGUUUGGAGGAAUUCCCAAUUGUUUUGGCUUCUACAAUCAGAGAGUUGGAUAGACUGUUGGAGCUAGAAGAUACAGAACUAAAGACCAUGUUAGAGUCCUAUGAGCAAGUAAAUUUAGCUAGAAGAGGCCCUUUUCGAGCCAUACAAGUUGUUACAGUACUCAUCUUCGUCUUAAAGCAUCUCGUUGAACCCCUGGUAAAGAAUGAGCCAAACCACAAAGAUGAAAGACAGUCCCCUGUGCUGAUACAGUUGGCAUUAUGUGCUACAUUCAGUUUCAUGGGACGUUUUGUUGAAAGAUGCCUAAAGUCUAGUCCGUUGCAUUCUUGUCCCUUACUGCCAUCCGUACUUGUUUUUGUUGAAUGGAUUGCAAGCAUGCGUGAUUCACUAGAAGUAUAUGCAUCUGACCAAAAGAGCAAGGGUGCAAUGUCUUACUUUUUUGGAGUGCUUAUUGACCUUGUAAACCAACUUGGCACCCAGGGAAGGGAGACCAAGAAACUUCUAGAUAAUACCCCUCUAUGGGAAGAUUAUGAGUUGAGGGGCUUUUCUCCUGUAGCAUGCGUGCAUGUCUCAUUAGAUUUCUCUGGUAAUUGGGAGCACAUAGACAAUUCAGGAAGUGGCAUUGAGCUACGUACUCUGCGCAUAAAACAUGCGGCAAUGAAAAUUACAGGAAGUUCGAGUGACUUGCAGACAAGGAUCUUAUGUGAUGAAUUAGGAACAAAGUUUUAUGAGGAUAGAUUAGAUGAUAGUGAUGAAAAGAAAGUUACAGGAAAUGUGGAGUCUGGUUACACUAGUAAAAAAGAGUCUGAUCAGCAAAAUUACAAAGAUGAGGGGGUACGUGACAAACCCAUGACAGGGAAUGAGCCAAGUAAUUGCAUUGUCAAUGGGAAAUCAGCUGCAGUGGAGGAAGAAGAAGUUAUACUCUUCAGGCCCCUCACAAGAUAUAAUUCAGCACCCUCAUACCCUUCUAUCCCUACAAAUGAUCAGACAUCACCAAAGGACAGUGAUGAUCAAAGCCUUCAUUCUGAUGAUUGUUUGCGCCGUGCUACAUCACUACUCAUGGCUCAAAACCAAACUCUGAGUAAUCCCAUGGGAUUUCAUGCUGAUUUUGAUAACUUUAGGAGUAACAAAUCAUUCACACAGGCAGAACCUUCAAUGAGGGAAUCAAGUCCCCACACCUCUCCUCGAGGCUCUAUAUCUGCUGGUCCUCCCUCCCUCAAUGCUUGGGUCCUAGAUAGAGGAAGCUUUAGCAACAAUAGAGACAAGGGGACAAAUGGUAUUAGUGAGCAUAGGUUAGAGCCUAUUGAGGAAAUAACAUCUACAUCCAUGGCUGGUCUUUCCAUUAAUAGAUCCAAGGAUUCCUCCACCAUAACUUCAUCCAAUCAGUCUCCAAACUUCCUUCCCUCUUCAGUUACGUAUUCUAAUCCGGUGCCUUCUGCUCCAUUACUGCCGGAAAAUGCUACUUGGUUUGCAGACGUACAAUCCACUGUGUCUACUCCACUGAUGCCAAAUAUCCCAUCACCACCCAUUAGUGGCUACGCCGAUUUGAGUUCAACUUAUGGACCAGUUGGUUAUGAUCCUUCUUAUCCAGCUUUCACAAACGGAUAUGCACCGACUCGCAGAAUGACAUCUUCAGAAUGGUUGCGUUGGUAUAGAGAGAACUGUACUCAUGAGAGGGCCAAUAAUCUGAUGCAGCCUACCUACUAUAAUGUCUCCAGAAAUCCUGAGAACUUCCUCUAUCAUGACCCUCACAUGUUCGCUCAAUUUGAUAGAUGGGAAAAUCCUUUAUUGCCUAAACAGUACACAUACAUGGAGCCCCCAGCGCCACCAUCAACAUUGCUGCCAGGUUUUGCUUCUGCUAUGGGGCAACAAGGUGAACAGAUAAAUAGUGGCUUUAACAAUUUCCAAAGAGGAAGUCCUUAUGGGUGUGGUGCCGUGAGAAAUGAGCCUCAGCCUCUGAUAGAGUACCUUAAGGAGAAGGAAUGGCGGCUCCAGCGAGAUCCUACCUUCAGAGAGCCUACGUUCAUGGGAAAUUAAAAAUCUCCUCAUGGGAGUUUUUUUUGCUUUUAGUUUGAUCAUUUGAAGACUGUAAGCCUUACUUUGCCUUUACUUCAACAUCAAAGAACAUCAAACUGUAAUGUACGUAGAUGUUUCAGUGUCGAGAAAAUGCGGGAGAACCUCCAUUUUAGCCUUCGUUUCUUGUUUAUGUACAUUCUCACUGAAUAGUAAUCACGUAGCCAUAGAAGUGAACAUUGUUUUCACAAGCAAGCUCAAGGUAUACAUGGUGCAGGGUAUCUUUCUUUUC